AUUGGAACAAGAUUUUGUGUUUUUAAUGUAUAAUUUUAAUAAGUAAGUGUGUUUUUUCUUAUAUUUUAGGAAUGCUUUUCGUGUUCUGGUUUGUCUUUCUCGCCAUUACAAGAAUUUCCGGCGAGGAAGAUACUCUCCAGUCCACUAACCGUCCCAUAAUGGAAGUCGAAAAACAAGAUUUUCCGUCUGAAAUGCCAAUAUUUUAUUCUCAGCACGUAAAUGUUAGUCAACUUGUAACACUUCCAAUAUCCACUAUUAUCCAUCCAGUAACAAUUGAUGAAAAUGAUUCAUCUGAUAAUCCGCCAAAUGUCAGCACGAAAGUAACUACAGUUCCAAACCAAGUAAUUCCGCGAUAUAUUACCGAUGUAGAAAACAUAGGAACAGAAAUGGUAACUCAUAAUAUCAAAUUGCUAGGAAACAUCACAGAAACAAACGCGACAAGUUCCGAAGAUAGGAGGAUACCAGUUAAUAUGAUCAGUGCAGUUGCCAAAUCCAAACAUUUAGCACAACAAAACAUUUCUCAGAUAUCUGAAGAAAUUUCUACUUUUCCUUCAGUCAAUGUUUCUGUGACAAAACAUCAAGAAGUUAGAUGCCCGUCGGAAAAAGACAAUGACAUUUGGUGGAAUGAUAGGAAAGUUGGAACAUUGGCCGUCCAACCAUGUACCACUGGGUAUCAUGGCAACAUUUAUAGACGUUGUUACGUUGGUGGAAUUUGGGGAACAGCUGACUAUACAGACUGCAAGCUGGAAAGAUUGCAGAGAUUAGGCCAUCUGGUUCUCUACCACCUUCAUAAGAGAUUACUGACGGGUUUAUAUCAUCUAGCUGAAGAACUAGCUGAUUAUUUACCUGUUGCGAAUAUACUCAGUCCUGUUGACAGAUUGCAAACAAUAGAUGUAUUAGAAAAAAUGUUGAUAGCCGACGUUAACCUGCGUGCUGACAGCGAUAGUGACGUUGCAUACGUGGCUGAUCUUUUGCAAUGCGCGGACGAAUUAUUAACUAGGAAAGUUAUUACAUUUUCAUCUAAUUCAGAAAAAAAUUAUCUUUUAUCAACAAAAUCUGCUCAAGUUAUUCUUGGUCUAGAAAUUUUAGCACAAAAAGCGCUACAUAGUUUAUUAGGAAUAGAAAGAAGAGCCUUAGUAUUUCGUUCUUCUCAAAAUAUAGUGAUGUCUCUAUUUAAUAAACAAACUUCAAUCGAUCACAUUUGGCCAAAUAAUAAUAGCACAGAAGAAAAAGAUGAAUAUUUUCCUACUUUUCUUAAUAUUGAAUACUCUGAUGUGGAAAAUAUGGCUUUUGCCUUUAUUUGGAUCCAGCAUCUGGGAAAAAUCUUAAAUACGGCCAGGAUGAUGUUGAACAGCGACGUAGUCAUAGCAACGGCCAUUACUUCUGUUUCCCCUCAACCAAUUCCUUUUGAAGUGACGCUGAAAAUGAAUAAGGUACAAAAUGAAGGUGAAUAUGUCCACAGUUGUGCAGUGCUGCAAAAUUCUAGCAAAAUCUGGUCUACCGAACGAUGUCAUAUAGUAUUUAGAAAGAAGGAUACCAUCACGUGUCAUUGCCAAGAUCUUCUUGCAGUGGCUUUAAUUUUGCAAAAAUCGGAGAAAAGAAUCAAAGAAUAUCCAUCUCAUUCAUUUAGUCGUGUCAUCGUUGCCAGUUGUGGUGUAUCUUUUAUAGCUGUGGUAUUGACGUUAAUUGCCAACCUUCAUAGAUACAGAAAAAACUGUCCAGAAUCCUCUCCUAUUUUAUUGAAUUUACUGAUUGCCAUGGCAACAAUCCAAGUGGUAUUCAUGGCCGGUAUCAACGCUACCCAACAUGAGGAAAUUUGUUACAGCAUAUCCAUCACACUUCAUUAUCUAUCUUUGGUUGCAAGUUUUUGGAUGGUUUCUUUUACCAUACAGCUUUAUCGUCGUCUUCGAAAAUCGUCUAAGCAAAUAGAUUUAAGAAGAAUAAUCCGCAGUUAUUUUCUUCUUUCUUGGACUGUGCCAAUUGCUCUUGUAACAAUUUCAUUUACGAUUAAUCCUAGUGGCUACGAAACCAGAAGAUAUUGUUGGUUAUCCAUACAAAGAGGAAUGUUAAUCUCUUUUAUAGUGCCGAUGUCUCUUCUUAUAUUGAUAAAUACAGUUUUCAUGAUUUUGGUAUUGAAAACGUUCUUUCAACAAAGACCAGUGACACACAUGUCAGAAAUAGAAAAAACCAGGGUAUCAUUAAGAGCCGGUGUGACAUUAUUGCCUUUCUUUGCUGUAAAUUGGUUCUUUGGUGUAUUAGCCCUUGAGGACACAUCCACUACCAUCUUCCAAUAUGCAUUUGCUUUUACUAAUAGUUUACAGGGAAUUCUGAUUUUCAUCUUCUACUGUUGUAUGGAUAUAGAGGUAUUAUUAUAUUCAGCUUUACUCAAUUUAUUUUAA